AUGGCCAACUUGAAAAUAGGCAACGAUGCGGAGGAUAUGUUCUACGAAAAUCUUUCUUUAAGCCUUGCUAAAGUUUUAAAUAACAUUCCAAGGAUUACCAAUGUAACUCUCGAGAAAAGACUACCAUGCGAAAAGGCUCAAGUAACAGCAUGGGAAUCGAGGCAUAAUGUGUACUUACCAGAUGAUAUGAAACGAUUUUACUUGUCUACCGAUGGAUUUAACUUUUAUUGGAGUUAUCAAUAUUCUCCUAAUGAUAUCCGUCGUGUCGGUCAUAUUCAUUUCCCUCACCUGAUCCAAAUCACGCUCGUGAGGGAUAACAUUGACACCAUCCUAAGCGUUAGUCCAAACACGACGCUAACGGUACCACCGAUCAUUCGCCAAUCGAACUACGUCGAUCUCAGCUCCGGCUAUCUGGACCAUCUUAACCUGAAUUCGCGUAGCAAAAUUUUCGAGCUCAGCACAAUUGCAAACCUGGCGAAGGUUUGCCUGGUGUACGAAACCCCGGAAAGCUCGAGCCCAAAAAUAUUUCUGCUCGAGACGAAUUCCUUGCGCUGGCAGUUUUUGGCCGAAUCGUUUACGGAAUAUCUACGGAUGAGCAUCGCUCACCUGGGGCUGCCCUACUGGGAGCUUUGUUUUUCCAGCUGUGGUCUCCCCGCAUGGACCGAGCAGCUUUUUCUUCUGUUAGCACCCCAUUUGUUAGAGAAAAAUGAUUGCCGCAGAUUAAGAAAUAUCGUGUGCAUCAACGAAAACCCACCGUAUAAUGUGUUGGAUCCGGCUGUCUUUCGAACAAAAUUGCGCUGCUCACGCCAGACACAAAAGAUGCGCUUGAACAACUAA